AUGUCCUCGGUCGACACGGCCAACCCGACGGCGCUGGAGGUUCCCACGACUGUCACUGCUACUACCACUACUACAACUACCACUACCACUACACCUGUAUCGUCCGCCCUCGAUACGGCCACGUCCAGUGCAGUGACGCGCACGACAAAGACACGCGACCGCAGUGGCUCGUUAGUCUCCUCGCUACAGCGCCUCGAGUGCGUUCGCGUGUCCAAGAGCAUCUACCGCAGCGGCUCCCACUUCUACGUCGUCGACGUCUUUCUGCAGCGCAGUGCAGCGCGGUGCCGGCUCUCGGAAAGUGUCUACAGGGCCUCACCGGCCUCGCAGCUGUCGCGGCGGACCAUGCGCGACUUUCUGAUGGCCGAACGCGAGCCGGACUUUGUAGUCGAGCGUCGCUUCUUCGAGUUUCGCCAGCUCCGCGACGCGAUUGCAGCGGUCGUCAGGGCGAAUGGCGCCCACGUGGACACGUGCGUCGACUGUCGAGGGCUCGUGCGGGUGGCACGCACGUCGAAGCAUCAGUACUGGACGAUGCGACGUCUGUUUGGGAAUACGAAGCAGCGACGCACAUUGGUGUCUACCUUUGUGAAUGACCUCCUGGCACGCGCGAUCGGUGUGACCCGUGAGAGCCGGACAGGUGACAUGGAGAAGAGCUGCAUUGUGCGCGAGCAAGUGGCGGAGCUGUUGCAAGAGUUUCUCAAGCGGAGGUUUCAGCCGUCCCUUGGCAUUAUCUAG